AUGCUGCAGCCACGGCUCCGACCCUUGGUUGCGGGGGUAGCGUCGCUCCCCUCACUCUGCCAGAGGGCCCUUCAACUCAACACGAUUAGACGAUACGCCGCCGUGGUGCCAGGCGAUGUCAAGAAUACGCCCGGCGAAGAUGGUUCUGCUGGCUUCGGCCCUCCAUCCACCCAAAUUGAGGCUGUCAAGAUGCGAACGUACAAGCCGCGGACACCCGGUCUCCGACAUCUUAAGCGACCGAUCAACGAUCAUCUUUGGAAGGGAAGGCCGUAUCUGCCGUUGACGAUCCCUAAAAAAAGGGAGCAGGCGACGGGUAACAAGACUUAUAUUGUGGCCGCCGAGGGUAUGCGUGCAGGAGACGUGGUGCAGAGCUACCGGGCUGGUAUUCCCCAAGACCUUCUGGACAGCAUGGGCGGUGUCAUCGACCCUGGUAUUCUGGCAGCAAAGACGGCCUGGAGAGGGAAUUGCUUGCCGAUGCACAUGAUCCCCGUCGGCACGGUGGUGUACAAUGUGGGAUCCCGCAUGGACGGUGGUGCAGUGUUCUGCCGCAGUGCCGGUACAUAUGCGACCAUCAUCUCCAAGGAGGAGGAGACACGGGACGACGGUACCAAAGUCAUGACCGGGAAGCAUGUCGUGGUCCGGUUGCAGAGCGGCGAAAUCCGCAAGGUCAGCAAAGAUGCUUGCGCCACCAUCGGUGUGGCCAGCAACAUCAUGCACCAAUACAGGCAGUUGGGCAAGGCUGGACGUAGCCGUUUGUUGAACAUCAGGCCCACAGUGAGAGGCUUGGCUAUGAACGCAACGGGCUCGGGCCUGAUGAGCAACCCUCUCUUGGAGUGCUCUCCGACGCAGCGCCAGUCGAGAGAUAUUUGCGGCUUGGAUUGGGGCCAUGCUGUCGCCUUGGCGCUGAGAAUCGUUUUCAAACCCUCACCCAGCCAACCGCAGCCGGCGCGUCGUCUGGUCCGUAUCCCUGAUAUAGCCACGCCUUGCGGUGUCCAGGGCAGCCGCCGGGCAAGCGCUGAAGCACCCCAGUUGACUGGCGCCUACCAGUUUGGCGGCAAACCGCGCGGCCAGGGCUCCGCGGUUCGGGAAUUUUCGGCGCUAACAAACGGAGUUCGGUGGACUCGACAGGAGCGAAGCGACCAAAAUUGA